AUGUCAUCGGGCGGCCUGCACUCGCUGGCCACCAUCAUCAAGCGGCUUGAAGCUGCAACGUCACGGCUCGAAGACCUCGCCAAUUUACCUCAACCAGGAUUCCUUCCCGCACCGAAUGGAGCUGCGUCUGCGAACCUCCCCGCCUUGUCAGAACCUACGCCCGUCCCUCCGCCACCUCCGCCGCCUGCACCUGCGCUCGUGACGAUCGAGACACCCCGGAGCGUAGAGGCGUUCGACGAGACGAUCAUGGAGGCGAAGGUCAAGCCGUUCGUGGAGUUGACCAAGAGCUUCGCGGUCCCAUCUGUCGUCGAGCAGGUGGGCAUGGUCGAGAAAGAGUUCGAGGACCUGCGCGCAUUGCUGCUCCUCGCCGCGAACUGCAAGAAACCCGACCAGAUGACGUUCGAGUCGCUCCUCGGACCGCUGCAAAAGGACAUCGAGGUCAUCACGCGCGCGAAGGAGGCCAACAGGAAGGAUAGGGACUGGCUGAACCACCUGUCGACGGUUGCGGAGGGUGGAACGUGUGUCGGCUGGGUUACUGUGGAGCCCAAGCCCGGUCCGUUUGUCGCUGAAGUCAAGGAUUCAACCAUGUUCUACGCGAAUCGUGUGCUGAAGGAGUUCAGGGAGAAAGACCCGAAGCACGUCGAGUGGGUCAACACAUAUGCGUCGCUCCUUGAGGACUUGCGCAAGUACAUCAUGGAUUACCACACUACCGGACUGGCUUGGAAUUCAAGGGGCAUGUCCGUUGAGGAGUACCAGGCGUCACAGGGUGAUGCUGCUGCAGGCGGUGCUCCACCACCCCCACCACCUCCACCUGCUCCUGUUGCGCCUCCACCAACCGCAGCCACUCCUGUUGCUGCCGGUGGUGUUGCCGCCGUGUUCGCAGAUCUCAACCGGGGCGAAGAAGUUACAAAGAGUCUGCGGAAGGUGGAUAAGAGCGAGAUGACGCACAAGAACCCCUCACUGAGGGCUGGCAGCACCGUGCCAAGCACGACGGGCUCAGGUAAGGCACAGUCACACAAGAAACCGGUGAAGCCCAGCAAACCUCAGGCACUUGCGGGCAAGAAACCAGCCAAGUUCGAACUUGAGGGCAGCAAAUGGGCCAUCGAAUACCAAGAGAACGAGUCGCAUCUGGUGGUCGAAAACACAGAGAUCAGCCAGACUGUCAAUCUCUACGGCUGCAAGAACUCGACCAUAGUCGUCAAGGGCAAGGUCAAUGCAGUCACCAUGAUAAACUGCACGAAGACCUCAAUCCUUGUGGAAUCGGUCAUCUCGGCCAUUUCUGUGACGAACUCGCCCUCGUUCGCGCUGCAGGUCACGGGCUCUGCGCCGACAAUUCAGCUCGACUCGACAGACUCGGGGCAGAUCUACCUCUCGAAGAGCUGCCUCGGCGUCGAGAUCACGACGGCUAAGUGCAGCAGCAUCAACGUCAGCCUGCCGGCCGAGGACGAGGAGGAUGGCGUGUUCCACGAGCACCCCGUGCCGGAGAUGUUCAGGACCGUGAUCAAGGAGGGGAAGCUAGUCACAACUGCUGUGGAGCAUGCUGGAUGA